AUGGCUGGUCCGUCCCUCUCUCACAUGCUCGAUCCUCCGCAGUCCAUCCUCGCCCACGCCGCCGAACAACCGUUGCCCAAGUUUCCUCUCGAUUCCGGAAGCUUGGCCGCCACUUCGGCUGCCAACCCUAGCUCCAGAGUGCCAGCCUCGGAGAGGUCGCGUCGGGAAUAUGCCACGGCCACUAGCACGUCGACAAUGCCCGACCUGGCUUCCGCCUCGCCUGCUCCCCCUCAGGGGCCCCCGCCUGCUCCCCCGGAGCCCGGCUCGACCUCGUCGGGCCAGAGUCACCGGGUGAAUAACCUCUACGCCUGCCGCGACUGCGGCCGUUCCUAUUCUCGUCCGGAGCAUCUCGUGAGGCACGUUCAAACCCACACGCUCGGUCGCCGCUUCAUCUGCGAGAUAUGCCAAAAGUCGUUUGCGAGAAAGGAUCUUCUUCGAAGGCACGUUGCCAAUCAUGAAAACGACACACCUCAGAAGCGCCGGAAGACGGCCUCGUCGCCCGCCGCCGGCCGAGUCACGCAGGCCUGCCGCCCGUGUGCUGUUGCCCGCGUCAAGUGCGACGAAAGCAAACCGUGCCGACGCUGCAUCAACCGAAAGCUCAGCUGCGUCGCGCCCGAGUCCAGCUCGGCCGCCGCCAUGCACUUGGCUCACCUCUCCCCGGACGGCCACGAGCCGGGCCGUCGGGCACCCCUAUCGACCGAUUCGCUCGACUCCUCCCCGUCGGCCUCUCACGCCCCGGUUCGGCUGACGCCCAGCCUCUCCCAUUCGGGACCGGAUGCCGCCACGGCGAAGAGCACGCCUCUGUCGCAGUCCGCGUCGUACAGGCCAGACAACAGCCAGGCACCGACGCCGGACAUGGCCAUGGAUCGAGGCAAGCGCUUGUUUACCCGUGCCAUGCCCAAUACCGAGACGUACACGAGCAAAUCAUCCUGCGACCCCCCGGAUGCCACGUCCAGCGCCGGCGCGGACCCGAACCGGUCGCCAUUCUUCGACUUCCUGCGAGACGUGCUGUACGAGCAGCAGGCCGACUCGCUGAGAAUGCCCGACUCGCAAGGCCUCGCCGUCCUCGACUUUUGCGAUACGGCCAACCUCGAGCUCACCGAUGUCGACUUUGGGCUGUUGGAUCACUGGAACUUGGAUGGCAUGGUGAACGGCACCUUGCCGGCCCAGCAGCCGGCCCCCGGAUCGGCAAGCUCGACCGAGAUAUCGCAGAUGCGCCGAAGCCUCGUGCAAGGCUGGGCCGAGUCCCCGUGGCGAUGGGACCCCAAGCACAACGACACGGGAUACAAGGAGCAGAACCUUCUCGCCGUGUCCGCCAAGGACACGUCCGGUGCCCAGUUUCAGGAGAGUCGGCGGCUCGAUCGCGUCGUGGCCGACAAGCUCGAGCAGUCGAUCCGUGAUCAGAUUCUCGCCAUCAUGCUCUCCACAUGUCGCCAGAACGGCACGGUGGAUCGCGUCGCCUCGUCCUUUCCGACGACCGAGGUGAUGGACACGCUGGUUCACAUCUUUCUCGCCUCCCAGGCUUGCCAGGUGGACGAGUGGAUUCAUUUUCCCACCUUCAAGAUGAACGAGCAGUGGCCCGAAUGGGUGGCCAUGGCGGCCGCCAUGGGGGGCGCGUCGACGCCGAUACCCACGCUCCGCAAGUUCGGCUUUGCCGUGCAAGAGGCAGUCCGCAUCACCAUACCUGCACGGUUUGAAGCAAACAACACGGCGAUCCAGACGCUCGGGCUCGUCCAGUCGCUGAUCCUUGUCCAAGACCUGGGCCUGUGGAGCGGCAAUCGUCGAAAGAUGGAGAUUGCCGAGUGUCACCUGGUCAUUCCCGUCACGAUGAUGCGCUACCGCGGCCGGUUUCAGCGAGGCAAGUACCCCAUCGUCGCCGUCGAUGCCUCGGACGAGGGGGACGUCCUCGAGGGGAAGUGGAAGCAGUGGGUGGCGCAGGAACAAUGGAAACGGCUCGUCUUCCACUGCUACAUCCGGGAGGCCCAGACCUCGAUGACGACGCUGACCAACCCGUGCAUGUCCUACGCCGAGCUGACGCUCCCGCUGCCGGAGGCGAGGGAGCUGUGGUUCGCCGAAAACGCGCGCGAGUGGAAGGCGCGCUACCUCGAGCGGAGCGGAGGGCAGGACAAGAGGCCGCCGUCGGUGGGCGAUCUGUUUCACGACAUCCACCUGCUCACGCAGAACCACAUGCGGCUCGACGUGCAGUUCUCCAUCUCCAUCUUCCUCCACGGCUUCUGGUCUCUCGUCCUGGAGUACCGACAGCUGAGCUCGGUGCACCGGGCUCGCUCGUACGCGAACAGCCUCGGCGGCAACCCGAACCUCCUGCUCAACUCGCGGCAGCAGGAGCUCGUCAAGGACCUGCAGAGCUUCCAGCUCAUCGCCUCCGGCUGGCAGGACAUGUCGGUCCGGGAGCACCUGCUGCUCAACCUGCUCAUGAUGAACCUCCACGUCUCGCUCGACGACAUGCAGCUGUUCUCGGGCAAGGAGGGCGAGGACCAGGCGCGGCGAAUCUACCCCGUCCUGCAGCAGUGGGCGACGAGCUCCGAGUCCCGGUCGGCCGUCUGGUGCGCCGCCCAGGUGCUGCGCUACGGCCGCUACUUCCCGCCCGACCAGCUCAAGGACUUUUACGCCGUCGCCGUCCACCACGCGGCGCUGGCGCUGUGGACGUACGGCGUCGUCGUGAGGGCCAACCGACGUCCGCUCGCGUCGGCGCCCUACCACGGCGAGCCGAUAUACCUCGACGGGUCCGACUCCAUCGCCAUCCAGAGGUUCAUCGGCUUCGAUCACGGACGCCCGCUGAUCAAGGGGCCGACGCUUCGGGGCGUCGCCACGGAGACGUCGCUGCACGACCCGCGCGCGUGCAUGGACGCGGCCCAGGACGUGCUGCGAUGCAACUUUCGCCGCGAGCAGGAGCUGCCGCCGCUCGUCGAGAAUCUCUGCCACGUCAUGCAGCAGCUGGGCAAGGCGGCCUGGGCCGUCGGCCUGGGCUGA